UUUUUUUUAAUAAUACAACGAGAUAAAACCAACCCAAACAUUCAGGGUGAAAACAAAAUGCCCUGAGAAGUAAUGACUACCCGUGAUUGCGACAUUUGGGUUAACACGAAAUGUCUUCACAGGGAGAGGAAGAGGAGUUGCGUUUCUGAGGAAAAAGAGGAAGAGGAGUCGUUUUUCUGAGAAAUAAGAGGAAGAGGAGUUGCGUUUCUGAAGAAUAAGGGGUGUCGCCCCACUGUGCUUUGUGUAAAAGACUUCCUGAAGAAUCUAGUCUCCACCAAGAAGUUCACGACCGUGGUUCUUGCUGGAGGAUCGUGUCCAAAGGUGAAAUUCUUUAAAUUUCUUUUCCUGCUCGGAGCUGUGGUUCAGAAGAGCGGAAACAUGUCUUCAACCAUGUACACGACAGCGGAGGGUGUAAUGGUGGUCACCCAUGUGCACCCCCCUGCACCCGUGGGUGAUGGACUCCCACAAUGCGUUGGCAUCCGGAAGUUCAGCAAGAACCAGCCAAAUGUUCUCGGGACCAUUCAGAUCAUCGUCGGUCUGACCGUUCUGCUGUUUGGGAUCGUCACGGUGAUUAAUGCAGACUCACUUGGCGCUUUCUCCGGCUUUUUCGUCUGGGGACCUUUAGUCUACAUCACAGCUGGAUCCCUGACAGUGGCUGCUGGGAGAUAUCUCAAGCGUUGUCUGGUGAACGCUGCUAUGGCUCUCUGUGUUAUUGCAGCACUUUUUUCCACCACUGGGACCAUCCUCUACUCUCUGGAUGCUGCAGGAAUUCUCAGUCGGUGCUACAGUAGUGACUCGUUCUAUCCCUGCUACUUGUAUCAGAGUCGGUCGCAGGGCUUUUCGGGGGUCUUGGCUUUUUUCAACCUUUUAGAGCUCAUUGUCUCGAUCGUCGUCGCAGGAUUGGCCUGCAACGCCUCCUGCCACUGCUGCGGAGAGCCGAGCACAGUCUUUGUUUAUCCUCAAGCGUCAGCCUCCCCCGUGGUACCAGCCGCGGCUCAGCCCGUCCCACAGCUGGAGAACAAUUUUAACAAACCACAACUUCCGGGAGCCUCGGGUCAAACUCAGCCUCCAACCUACGAUUCCGUCAUCGGCUGAAAAGGAAAGGACCUGCCUCUUCCUGCAUAACCUGGCAACAUGAUGACUGAUACCAAUCUCUUUAUAUGCACGCCCCUGAGCCAAAUGUUUUCAAUUUUCUCUCAUCUUCAAAAUAUUAAGAACCUUACAUCCCCAAAUAGGAGAAGCACGAUAUGUCAUGUUCACAUGAUAAAACUAUAUUCUUAUAACUGCACUAUUCCAGUUUGCACAACCCAUGUGUGACUUAUGACUGCUUACUAUAUAUUUACUAUGCCGCACUGUGUGCUAUGCUUUGAGCACUUAUUAUGCAUACUUAUGUAUUCUGUCUUACACCAGGGAUCAGAGAUAAACUGUAUUUUAAUCCUUUACUUGACAAUAAAGUUGAUUUUUUUCUUUGA